AUGGCGUCGCCGCCGCGGGUGUGCGUGGUCGGAGGCGGCGGCUUCGUCGCCUCGUGGCUCGUCAAGCUGCUCCUCUCCCGCGGCUUCGCCGUCCACGCCACCGUCCGCGACCCGAGGGAUCCGAAGAACGCCAUCCUGACGCAGCUGGACGGGGCCUCGGGGAACCUGCGGCUGUUCAAAGCCGACGUCCUCGACUGCGGCACGCUGGCGGCGGCGUUCGCGGGCUGCGAGGGGGUCUUCCAUCCGGCUACCCCGGUGCCCGGGGACAAGAUUGUCAACCCCGAGAAAGAGUUGAUGGAUCCUACGGUGAAGGGCACCAAGAAUGUGCUCGAGGCUUGCUCGGCCACGAAUGUUCAGAAGCUCAUCGUGGUCUCGUCCGUUGCUGCUUCCUGCUUUGACCCCAACUGGCCUGAAGGUAAGCUCAAGGAUGAGAGUUGCUGGACAGACAAGGAGUUCUGCAAGGACACUCAGAAUUGGUAUUCUCUUGCCAAAACAGAAGCAGAAGAGAUGGCGCUUGAAUACGGCAAGAAAAAUGGACUGCAUGUAGUUACAUUUUGCCCUGGUCUGGUUGUUGGCCCAUUGUUGCAGCAUGUGGCAGUCAAUACCAGCAGCAAAGUUCUCCUAUACAUCAUAAAAGGAGGCCCUGACACAUUAAGCAACAAAUUCUGGCCCUUGGUAGAUGUUCGUGAUCUCGCUGACGCUAUGCUCCUAGCAUACGAGAAGUCUGAAUCCUCUGGUAGAUACAUAUGCUCAUUGGACCAGAUGGACAUAAAGGAUUUAGUUUCUUUGAUGAAGAGCAUGUUCCCAAACUACAAUUAUACAGACAAAAUGGUCGACGUGGAUUACAAGGUUUAUACCACAUCAGAUAAACUGAAGAACCUGGGGUGGCAGCCGAGGAAGCUGGAGGAGACGCUCGCGGAUAGCGUUGAGUACUUCGAAAAGGCUGGGCUUCUGCAGGAUGCAGACGGGAAACCUUGCCGGCUUCCCUAUUUUUACCGUGUGAACGCUGAGGAAUGAACGGGAUCUGUGCUCUUAUGAUCGAAAUAUAUUACAGAAUAAAACGUAGAUAUUUGCGGCUAUACAAGGACGCAGCUAUGCACCUUAUUAUUUCAGCUGAUCUCUUGGCGCCAUACCGCCUUGAACAGUAUUUGUUUAUGCCAACUACUGUGAGAUGUUAGGGCCUGUUUGUUUCAUUGGAAUUGGCUGGAAUUGGAAUUAA